AUGAAGAUAUCAUCAGUCGGACGCGUCUUUCUUCUUAUCUUCAUCUCUAUUACACUUGUUUCGAGUUCACCAGAUCAAGGAGAAGUUGAGGACGAAAUGCAGUUUAACUACGAGAAGAAAGGAGACAAGGGACCAGAGAAUUGGGGAAAACUAAAGCCAGAGUGGGGAAUGUGUGGAAAAGGCAACAUGCAGUCUCCGAUUGAUCUUACGGACAAAAGAGUCUUGGUUGAUCAUAAACUUGGAUACCUUCGUAGCCAGUAUUUACCUUCAAAUGCCACCAUUAAGAACAGAGGCCAUGAUAUAAUGUUGAAAUUUGAAGGAGGAAAUGCUGGUUUAGGUAUCACUAUCAAUGGUACUGAAUAUAAACUUCAACAGAUUCAUUGGCACUCCCCUUCCGAACACACUAUCAAUGGCAAAAGGUUUGUUCUCGAGGAACACAUGGUUCAUCAGAGCAAAGAUGGACGCAACGCUGUUGUCGCUUUCUUAUACAAAUUGGGAAGACCUGACUAUUUUCUCCUUUCGUUGGAAAGUCACUUGAUGAGGAUAACUGAUGCACAUGAAUCCGAGGAAUCUGUCGGGAUGAUUCAUCCUAGAACAUUCGAUUUUGAAUCAAGACAUUAUUAUCGAUACCUCGGAUCACUUACAACUCCACCGUGUUCUGAAAAUGUUCUGUGGACGAUUUCCAAAGAGAUAAGGACUGUGACAUUAAAACAACUGAUCAUGCUUCGUGUGACUGUGCACGAUCAAUCUAAUACGAAUGCUAGACCGCUACAGCGUAAUAAUAAUCGUCCGGUGAAAUUUUACAAACCAACAUGGCAUAUUUAACCGUCUGAACUCUGA